AUGAUAGCCGCCCAGGCAAAGCUGGUGUAUCACCUCAACAAAUACUACAACGAGAAAUGCCAGUCUCGAAAGGCAGCCAUCUCCAAGAGCAUCCGGGAGGUGUGCAAGGUGGUGUCGGAUGUCCUGAAGGAGGUGGAGGUGCAGGAGCCUCGCUUCAUCAGCUCUCUCAGCGAGAUGGAUAAUCGUUUCGAGGGACUGGAGGUCAUUUCACCCACCGAGUUCGAGGUUGUGCUCUAUCUGAACCAGAUGGGAGUAUUCAACUUCGUGGACGACGGCUCUCUCCCGGGCUGUGCCGUGCUGAAGCUCAGCGACGGCCGCAAGAGGAGCAUGUCUCUCUGGGUGGAGUUCAUCACAGCCUCCGGUUACCUCUCGGCUCGCAAGAUCCGCUCCAGGUUCCAGACUCUGGUGGCUCAGGCAGUGGAUAAAUGCAGCUACAGAGAUGUUGUGAAAAUGGUCGCAGACACAAGUGAGGUGAGAUUGCGUAUACGAGACAGAUAUGUGGUGCAAAUCACGCCUGCGUUCAAGUGCACGGGGAUCUGGCCACGAAGCGCUGCUCACUGGCCUCUCCCUCACAUCCCCUGGCCCGGUCCUAACCGGGUCGCAGAGGUCAAAGCUGAGGGUUUCAAUCUGUUAUCCAAAGAGUGCUACUCCCUGAACGGCAAGCAGAGCUCGGCCGAGAGCGACGCCUGGGUGUUGCAGUUCGCCGAGGCCGAGAACCGGCUCAUCCUGGGCGGAUGCAGGAAGAAGUGCUUGUCGGUGCUCAAAGCUUUACGAGACCGACACCUGGAGCUGCCCGGACAGCCUCUCAACAACUACCACAUGAAGACUUUGGUUUCCUACGAGUGUGAGAAGCAUCCCAGGGAGUCCGACUGGGACGAGAACUGCCUCGGAGACCGGCUGAACGGGAUACUAUUGCAGCUCAUUUCGUGUUUGCAGUGCAGAAGGUGCCCUCAUUAUUUCCUGCCUAAUCUAGACCUGUUUCAAGGAAAACCUCACUCUUCUCUGGAGAACGCCGCCAAACAGACUUGGCGACUGGCAAGAGAAAUACUGACCAACCCCAAAAGCUUGGAGAAACUCUGA